GAGCUGAGCGAAGUCUCCAGUGGAUGAAAGGCCUCUUGUGCUGUUUAUAACGGCUCUCUCCACUUUCACCUCUCUGGGUAGUCCCCUGCGCGGCUCUCCGUCGCUAUGGAGACGGCUGUUUUAAACGCUCAGAACAAUGGGGUGCCGGACGCACAGCAGCCGGCCGUUACAGGCGGAGCAGUUUAGUUUUGGGGACGCUGUGGACAGAAGGCAAGGAAGCUUUUCUAAACGCUUGCAAGAGAACAGGAAGGAAGGAAAUGAACUCUGACCUUGGGGAGCUCCUGAACUCCAACCUUCUCCUUCCCAGCAUGCACCUGUGCCUGGAGGGCCUCCACAUGUACCAGAGGGCUGGGUUGUUCUGCCCGAGUAUGCCUGGCCACCCUGCCGCCACGUGCAAGUCCUUGCUCUGCCAUGGAGCUUCUAUGGAGCGCCAAGCUGCAUGCCGACAGCUUAAACCUGAUCUGGCCGCAUCCUUCAAGCCCUGCGGCAUCCUGGGUAGGACCUCCUCUCAGGAGACCCUGGAGCUGCUGCAUCACCUCCUGGGCGUGUCGGAGAGACUGCAGAAAGAGGCCUGCAGCAGCACUGGAGAGGCCGAGUGGCCUGGGGCCUGCUCUCAGAGCACCAGAGGCCCAGACUGGGAGGCCCCCUGGCAGGACAACCGCAGCCCCUCGGCAGAGUCCGAUCUACAGGGCGAGGGCAGCAGGCGCUGCCUCAGUCCUGCUUCAUCCCUGCGGCCUGCUGAUGGAGACGGAGACCACCUGGCCGCCCGUCUGAUGGCACCUCAGGUCCUGUGUGGUGACGGACAAUCAGAGGAAGAGCAGACGCGGACCAGCACCGCUAACUUGAGGUGGUUUUCAGCAAGCAAGCGCAGAGCUUCUCUCAAGGCAGCGAAGGAGAAGCAGCAGGGAGACGUGCGGGCGCAGCAGCAGCAGCAGGGAGACGUGCGGGCGCAGCAGCAGCAGCAGGGAGACGUGCGGGCGCAGCAGCAGCAGGGAGACGUGCGGGCGCAGCAGCAGCAGGGAGACGUGCGGGCACAGCAGCAGCAGCAGGGGGACGUGCGGGCGCAGCAGCGGGAAGUGGAAGUCCUGCUGCAGCAGAGAGACAAGCAAACAAACCGUGCAGUUCAAUUUCUGCUGAUGAAACAACAGGACGCACUGGAGGUCAGCAGCCUGGUGAAGCUGAGGGAGGCCGAGGGGAUCCGGCUUCAGGAGAUGCUGAGGAUGGAACAGGGGAGGAGCGCCCAGCUGGCGGCCGGGUUCGAGAGGGUCUGCGAGGUGCUGAAGUCCAAGCUGUCCCUGACGGAGAGCGGCAACGAGAGCCUGGCUGGUCAGCUGCGGGCCCUGCUGGAGAAGUACGCUCGUCUGAGGAAGCGCGCGACCGCCGCCAAGAGGAGGCUCCAGGGGGAGGUCAAAGACAAGGAGCAGAUUCAGAGGAGGCUCGAGGAGACGAAGCGAGAGCUCGAGGAGACGAAGCGAGAGCUCGAGGAGACGAAGCGAGAGCUCGAGGAGACGAAGCGAGAGCUCGAGGCCAAACAGAAGCGAGAGCUCGAGGCCAAACAGAAGCGAGAGCUCGAGGAGACGAAGCGAGAGCUCGAGGAGCGAGACGCUGCGCUGGCGGAGCUCGAGGACUCCAGGAGGAAGCUGCAGCGGGCGCAAGAGUGGCGCGAGGGGGUGGUCAGGGAGAAGCUCGCUCUCGAGGAGGAGGCCUCGGCGCUGAGGAGCGCGGUCGGGCGACUGACGCAGCAGCUCGGUAAAAGCCAGAGGGAAAGCAAGAGGCUGGCCAAAUCAGUCCGCUCCAGUGACCAGGAGAGGGAGGCCAGCCUGAAGACGCUGGGGGAGCUGCAGGACACGGUGAGGAGCCUGCACACCAAGCUGGAGGAGAGCGGCGUGGAGAGGCAGGCCGUGAUGGACCAGGCGGAGGCCCUGAAGCAGGAGGCCGAGUCGCGUCACAACCGGCAGCGCGUGGAGGUGCUACGCCUGCAGGAGGAGCACAAGGGCUGCGUCGAGCGCGAGGAAAGCCUGCGGAGAGAGGCCGGCGCGCUGGUCAAGCUCGUGUCCGACCUGAAGCAGGACAAAGCGGAGCUGAGGGAGGAGGCGGAGGCGUUGCGGCGGGAGGCAGGGAGAGCGGAGAGGCUGAGGGACGCCGUCGGGACGCUGGAGAACGAGCGACUGCUGCUGCUGGCGGAGAUGGAGGUCCUGAGGCAGGACUACGUCGCCCUUAGCGACCGCAUCGCACAGAGGAUGGCUCAGCUGGAGCAGGACGAGCCGAUGAGCGCGGGCGAAAUGGCCCCCGUGCGUCAGGCCAGCGCGCAACAAAGUGACCUAGAGCACACGAGUGCCACGGGCUCAGUGGCCACACAGGAUGUUAUUAUGCAGAUAAGGAAGAAACUACAGGCAGAAGAACUGGUCUCAAGGAAGAGCUGAGCAGCACAUUCCAUCGGGUCACGGGGGGGUAUUACCUCGAAGGAUGGGGCGGAUGGUUUGUUGGGGCCCAAAAACCCCUGACAUUUCAGGAAUGGAGAGAGAAAAGGGGGCUAAAGAUGAAGGCGACCAUGUUCCUCAUGUUACCAUGUUCCUCAUGUUACCAUGUUACCAUGUUCCUCAUGUUACCAUGUUCCCAUGUUCCCAUGUUCCUCAUGUUACCAUGUUCCAUAUGUUACCAUGUUACCAUGUUCCAUAUCUCCUGAAAUAUGGUGUGAAUAUGUUGGUUAAAUGUGAUGGCAUUUAAUCCACUUCACAUGACAAGUUCAUCAUGUUCUGGUCUUUGAGGAAAUGCCCUUAUUUGGCUGUGCAGUGGACCCUUUAUAUAGACCCUUUCAACAAUAAAAACAAAAACAAUGCUUGAACAUUCUAUUUGGUU